AGCUGCAGAGGCCGGGAGAGGAGGCACGGCGGACGGUGGGGGAAGGCAGAGGUGUCAGGGGAAGGACAGGGCGGUUUCAGGCACCCACGGCCGCUGCGCGGGGCAGCCGCCCCGGCCCGCCCGCCGCGCUCCGCCCGCCUUCCCUCCCUCCCGCCGGCACCAUGGUGGACAGGGGCCCCUUGCUGACCUCGGCCAUCAUUUUCUACCUGUCCAUCGGGGCAGCGAUCUUCGAGGUGCUGGAGGAGCCGCACUGGCGCUCGGCUACCGACGACUACAAGCGGCAGAAGACGGAGCUGCUCAAGCAGUUCCCUUGCCUGGGCCAAGAGGGGCUGGACAAGAUCCUGCAGAUCGUGUCAAAUGCUGCUGGACAGGGGGUUGCCAUCACUGGGAAUAAUACUUUCAACAACUGGAAUUGGCCUAAUGCUGUGAUCUUUGCUGCUACUGUGAUCACUACAAUCGGUUACGGAAAUGUUUCUCCAAAGACACCCUCUGGGCGUCUCUUCUGCAUAUUUUAUGGGCUCUUUGGAGUUCCUCUCUGCUUGACAUGGAUCAGUGCUCUGGGGAAGUUCUUUGGAGGACGUGCCAAGAGGCUGGGCCAGUUUCUGACGAAAAGAGGAGUAAGCCUGAGGAAAGCACAAAUUACAUGUACAGCUAUCUUCAUUGUUUGGGGUGUCCUGGUCCAUCUGGUUAUUCCUCCCUUUGUCUUUAUGGUGACUGAAGGAUGGGAUUACAUAGAAGGCCUCUAUUUCUCAUUCAUCACUAUCACCACCAUAGGAUUUGGAGAUUUUGUUGCUGGUGUAAAUCCAGAUGCAAACUAUCAUGCCCUUUACCGAUAUUUUGUGGAGUUAUGGAUCUAUCUGGGACUAGCUUGGCUUUCACUCUUCGUGAACUGGAAGGUCAGUAUGUUUGUGGAAGUCCACAAAGCAAUCAAGAAACGGAGGAAAAAAAGAAAAGAGUCAUUUGACAACCAUCCUCGGUCUAAAAAACCCCUUCAAAUGGGUACCUCAAAGGAUGUCAACAUUUUCAGCUUCCUUUCAAAGAAGGAAGAGACCUACAAUGAUCUUAUUAAGCAAAUUGGGAAGAAGGCCCUGAAGACAAACAAUGACAAAAUGAUUAAAGUAGAAAAUGCCAAACAAAAUAUGCAGAAUGCCAGUAUAGAUGCCCAGGUGACUUACACAAAGACAGAGUCAUUUGACUACGAUGAGGCUUCCCUGGACAUUCAAAAUGGUCAUGUACUGAGACCCCUGCAUGAUAAACAUAUUGGAGACAGCCCUCUGGAAGGAACCAUAUUUGUAAACCAACUGGACAGGAUUAGUGAAGAAGAAGGCGAAGUGUGGGAUUCCAGAGACUAUCGACCCUUAAUAUUUGAGAAUGCCAAUAUAACAUUUGUAAAUGAAGAUGAUGAUGAAGAGGAAGAUAUCUCAGAUGAUGAGGAAACAUCAAAAUCCUCCAUGGAUGAUAAUCUUGCAGAGGAAUCUGAAACUGCAAAAAAACUGGUAAAAUUCCCAUCCUCUGAUGAAUCUACCUUUACCAAUAACGAGCUAGAACUUUCUGUGCCUUAUGAACAACUGAUGAAUGAAUAUAAUACAGUAAGCAAUGUGAAGGCUGCAACGUGAAGCAUGCUUGACAAUGGUUUUCUGAAAGUGGUCAGUGCAUAUUGAAUAAAUUAACAGAGCAAGGAGAAGAGCAUGUUUUUGCAGUUUCUCCUGUCUCUUUGAAAACAAAAGCAAGUCCCAAACUAAUAAACUCCAGUGUCCUUUUUCCCCAUCCUAAGUUGGUUGCUGAGCCCAUCAGCUUCACUUAUCUGAAAAACUUGUAAAAUAACAGUUGAAUUUAGAGUCCUGCUCUUGGGAUUUUAUGGUUCUUGAACAAAGUAGAAAAGAACAGACUAGUUAAUACACUGGACCUGCUCUGCGUUUAUGCAUUUCGUCGAGGAAUUAGUUUGGGAGUUUAAUACUGUUGCAAAGAGACUGUUCUGGGCAUCAAAUGUGUUCGGUUAGUUGAUUAGUCUUUCACCUCUGAAAACCUGGAUUUGAAUCCUGCUUUGAUCACAAAUGAAAGCAAGGGGUUUGCUUUUUGUUUUACGUUGCCCGUCGUUAAGUUGUUACCACAAAAAACCUGAUGCAACUACCAGUUGAGAAACUGAGUGGAAUACCGGGACACACAGAUCUGAGCUGAGGUGUGCUGGCAGACUGAGGAGGAAGCAUCUGAAACAUCUGUCUAGAAUAUGUCAGUGCUUGUCAAAUUAUAGUCAAUUGUAAUUUCAUAAAUAAAAUUAUUAAAAUUAAAAAUUCCAAA